CAUUCCUCACAAUUGCAAUAUAAAUCCCAUGUGCUCACCAGGGGUUUAGUCACUCAUUUUAUUCUCCUCAGAGGGAAAAGGAAAACAAAGAAUCAUGGCUGUUUGGCAGUAUCUUUUCCUCUUUUCAAUAAUUUCAGUACUUUCAGUCUCCAAAGGGGAGGAACAUGUAGAAGAAGUGGUUGUAGAGGAAGCCAUCAAAGUGGAUAACGUACAUCCUUAUGGGGCUCCUAUUCAAGCUGAUCCAAGUAGCCCAGAAAUUCAAAGAGUUGCCAAUGCAGCCGUAGCAGAAUACAACAUGAUAAACAAGAGACCAAAUUUCUUCAAACUUGUGAAUGUUAAGACAGCAGAAACACAGGUUAUUAAUGCCAUCAAAUACAUACUAAAUGUUGAAAUCAGAAGGACAAAGUGCAAGAAACCUAAUGCUGUUGAUCUGGAGUCCUGUGUUUUAGGAAAAAAGACGCUCAACUGCUAUUUUGAGGUGCAUUUUCACCCUUCUGAUAAUUCAUAUAAGAUAAUGUACACUGACUGCAAGAAAUAGAUCAUCAUCGUUUGGACCUAUCAAUAAACUGUACAUUCUUCUAAGUAAUCCUCAUCUUCAGUAUGUUUUUAAAUAUUCCUCAAUUUAACACAAUAUCCUGCUUGUGGAGAGUUUUAUUUAGUGUGUAUGCUUGUUUUUACCUUAUUGAAUAAUAAUAACAUGAUAAAUAUGUUCAUUAAGAUGUUGAAAGCAGUAUACUUUACAGCACAGGGGAAAACAACUCCAUCCCACAAGGGCCAUUCCACAUCACGUUUUACAGGGUAUCAGUUUAAUAUUUAACAAAUUAGCACUUGAUUAGAGGUUCAAUUAAGAAAUAAAGGAUAUGAGUCUAACAAAUAUAUGGGCUAGAAUGGCCCUAGCUGUACCUCACUGGUAUAGUACAACAUAUUAUGCAGUUAGUGCAAAAAUCCCAUCAUACACAUGCAUCAUUCAUUACCCUAUGAUGUUCAUUGGCAAUUCAGAGACACUGUGGUAACAUGUGUAUAAUAUGCCUUAUAACAAUAGUAUGACCAAUACCUACAUCAGAGUCAUUAAGUUUAUAAAUCUCUGAUGAGUGGUUGUGUCACAGUCUACACUAGUUAUAGCUACUGUAUUAUGUUGUAACGAUCAAACUGCAUGCACCAAGAAAUCAUCAGAAAAUAAAUAAAUAAUCCAAGGAGACUGUCUUAUAACAACAGAAAUCAAGUGUAUUAUACAGCCACAGUAGCAGUGAUCUAUCUACACAGAUGUAUGCAAUACAGUUAACCCAAAACCCAUAUACCACCAUGAAACAAAACAACACACAAUAUUUACCUUACAGCACUAUGCAAGAAAUAUUUCUAUGUUGGCCUGUUCCUUAUUAUAGAAAUGCACGAAAACAAAACAGAUUAAACCUGCAUUUCUGUAAGGGAACAACACUCAAUGAAUAUACAAUAUUUACAACAACAACAACAAAACUACCAUCAUAUAGUCUAGUUGCUAUUAGUUAUCACAAAAAUAAUGAUUCCAAAAGAAAUAACUGUAGCAAGAAAUGUCCUUUUAAAAUCCAGAAGACAAUCGUUAGUUACAUAACAACACAGCAGUCCAGUAAAAGGGUUAAACUCUGCAACUAUAUGUGGUUAUAAAUAUCAAUGCUUCCUUGAAUAAUUUCUACAAAGGAUUCUUUGUUUUAAGUUUAAGGCAGGAAAAGAGGCCAGAUACCCCUACCCUUAUACCAGUUUCAAGCUAGCUAGCUAUUCAGCUGGCUUUAGGCUUUUUAUCAAUUAGAAAAAACGAAUAAACAGGUUGUGGCAGGGUGAAAGCCCUGCCGGUGCACGGGUGUGUGUGUGGAAUAUUGGAUGGCAGGGAGGGGGUUAGAUUUCUCCCUGCAAAAACACGUGGCAAUGUGUAUAAAAAGGGUGAUCACGGUUGUUAGUUUAGAAUAGUGAUGGUGAAGGAACGGGGUGGUGCUGGUUGUUUAUUUUGUUUUUGUAUAUGUAAAUAAAUGCGCAUGAGCACUAAACUGCA